AUGAUGUUUAAAGAACUAAAUGAAAAGCAGGUGGGGAAGGGUUCCCUGAAACUGAAAGGCGUCACAGAGCUUGGUGUGACCAAGCAUAAGAGGAAAAAGAAGGACAAAGAUAAGGCGAAACUUCUGGAAGCAAUGGGAAUGAACAAAAAGAACGAGGAGGAGAAGCAGAGCGGCCUGGACAAGUGGACCCCGGCCCAAGUGGCCUUCAGGAAGAUGCAGGAGAAGCGGCAAAUGGAAAGGAUCCUGAAGAAAGCAUCCAAAAGCCACAAGCAGAGACUGGAGGACUUCAGCAGACACCUGAACACACUCAUGGAGCAUUACAACAUCCCCAAAAUGAGCUGGACCAAGUAG